AUGCAAAUUGAAGGUCUCAAGAAUGGCUACAUUGGUCCCUGGUGUUCUAUUGAAGCUUCUACAGCACAUGAAUACAGAUGUGAAGAUUGCUGGAGAGCACAGGUCGUCUUUGUUGCAAGUAGNCACAUGAAUACAGAUGUGAAGAUUGCUGGAGAGCACAGGUCGUCUUUGUUGCAAGUAGUCAGCAUUGUCCCUGCACUAGCAGGCGGUGAACUCUUUCCCAACCAAGGUUUUUACCUCAAGGUAUCAGAUUCUUCUCAUGCCACAUAUGUCUCUCUCCCUGAUGAACAUGAUGAUCUCAUUCUUAGUGAUAAAAUUCAGUUAGGCCAGUUCAUUCAUGUUGAAAGGCUUGAAUCAGCAUCACCUGUCCCCAUUCUUCGGGGGGUUAGGCCGGUCCCGGGGCGACACCCUUGUGUGGGUAGCCCUGAAGACAUAGUUGCAACUCACUCUCUAGGAUUCCUCAAUACCAAUGCUGAUUCAUCCAUUGGCUCAAAAUCCUUGGACAAAACCAAAUUGCCUUCAAAAGCACCGAACGAUAGUCAUAGUGGGGCAAAGGAUAAUAAAUUCACACCUGUGAGAUCAAAUGGUGGUGGUAAAGAUGGUCAAAUGGACAAGAAAACACCAGUAUUGACUAGAUCCAAAUCUCAAUUAUCAAAACUGGCUCUGAAUUCAGUAGAGAGAAAGGAAUCUUUGGUGAAAUCAAAGUCUUCGAGUUCAAGGUCGAUCCCUUCAUCCCCAACAAGUUGUUAUUCAUUGCCAACUUCUUUUGAGAAAUUUGCUAAUGGGAUUAAGCAGCAGGCAAAGAUUAAGGGGUUGGAUAGGUUGGAAAAGGCAACAUCCAAAGUGGGGUUGGGGGAAAAGGCCAGUUCUGUUCGUGGGACAAGUCCAACUACAAAGCGGUCACCGGUGGGAAGCUCAAUGAGGAAUUUGGUUCGUGAGAUUGAGCUGGGACCUAAGGCUCUGAGAAAAAGCUGGGAAGGGAAUAUGGAUGUGAAGAGUAGAGAUAGUCCAAAGCUGAGGAUACCCAAGCAUGAUUUGAAGCAUGAAGCUCGGAGUACUUCUGUUCCAAGAAAAUCAACAAGUGACAGGUUGCCAUCUAAAGAGGAGAAUAAGGUUAAUAUAUCUGCCAAGUCUUCUAAAGAGGAAAACAAGGUUCAGAUAUCUAACAAGAAAGUUAGUGCUAAUGGAUCAUCAGCUGAUACUGAGAAGUCUACUAAGCAAAUAACUACUGUCGGAAAGAAAUUAUCUGGGGAAGUUGCUAAUCAUGGAUUUGCAGGAAACAUGGUCAAGGUUUCUUUCAGCAAUAGGAAAUUAACAGAUGGAAGUGUCUUGUGGGCUUCACUCCCAUCUUCUCUUGCAAAGCUGGGAAAGGAAGUUUUAAAGCAUAGAGAUGCUGCGCAAACAGCUGCCAUAGAGGCAAUGCAAGAGGCUUCAGCCACAGAAAGCUUACUUAGAUGUUUAAGUCAUGACAUUACAGCCCAGGCUUGGAAUCUUUUCAAGUUGGGAUUUUUGUGCCUCCUGACUCAGCUCCCUAUCUCUUGGUUCUUUGUUGUAAACACCCAUGAGGAGGAUUUCUUGAUUGAAAUGGACCACAGAAUAUUCUGGCCUGAUUUGAUGUUGCUCUUGAAGAACUCAAGUGAAUAUAUAAUAAAGUUAUUUAUUGAUCACAUAUUUGGCGAAGUAUGUUCCCGUUUCAGGAUGAUGACUGGAAGUAAGCUUUCUAUUAGAGAUUCUGAGCAGAGUGAGGAGGAUAUGAACGAUGCUCUGAAGAGUUUGAAAUUUUCAGUCUCUACAAGUUUUGGCAUGUAUUCUGAGCUAAGCUCCUCUGCAAAGGAAGAUAAUCCGCAGCCUGCUGUAGAGCAGUUCUUGAAGCUGCAAGCAAGCUUGAAGAAUGCUCUUCUGGUUGCUGAUUCCCUAUCUAAAACUACCAUAGCUGGUUCAUCUCCAGCUCAUGAUGAAAAGCCAUCAGAAGAAGCCAUAAAGGUCACAUCCGACAGACGUAAACAAGCAGCUUCUUGGAUCCAUGUCGCACUGGCCACCGAUCUAUCGUCCUUCACAGUAUUUAGCAAACAAGCCACUUCAAGUCCAAUUCCAGGUUCAACUCCAGCUCCAAGCACAAAGACUAUAGCGGGACAUCAACCUAUAUUAGUACUUGAGAACUCUAGUAAGAGUGUGUCAACAAAAGCGCAAGAUAAAACUCGCCAGACAGUCAGCUCUAAGAUUGUUACUACAGGAACUCCACGCAGGCUAGCAGAUGGACCAGCUGUUAGUCAGAAGCCAGGAGCUCCACCACCAACAGAGUGGGUCAGAGGAGAUGAUCUUGAUGAGGCUGUGGACUUGGCUGAAAUGUUGCGAAUGGAAUCCCAGGAUUGGUUCCUAGGAUUUGUCGAGAGAUUCUUGGAUGCUGAAGUGGACACCACAGCAUUAUCAGACAACGGUCAGAUAGCAGGCAUGUUGACUCAGCUCAAGAGUGUAAAUGACUGGUUGGAUGAGAUUGGGUCUGUCAAGGAUGAAGGAGAAACACUUCAUAUCUCUGCCGAGACAAUUGACAGGAUAAGGAAAAAGAUUUACGAGUAUCUUCUUACGCAUGUUGAAUCCGCGGCCGCUGCACUUGGUGGUGCUGCCUCACAGUCAUCACCAACAACAGACACCAAAACAAGAAGAUGACUUGAUUGGUCCGCACAGCUUGUCCUCAUGAAAAAUCACAUCUUACCAUUCAUAUGUGCAGCUCUAGUGGUAAUCAGCUCCUUAAACUGCCAAGUAGUUCAAGGAGCUCAGUAUUUUCGAAUAUUGUAUAUAAAUCCUGCAAAAGGGUUUAGGUAUAGAUGGAGUAAUGGUUAUUGAAAGUUAAAGGAUUUAUUUUUUCCAAUUGUUCUUCUUUCUGAGCAGUUUUUACCCACAAGUAUAGAGAACAAUAGUGUUUGGAGUAGGGGAGCUGGCACUUCUCCUUGCCAUGCAUGAAUGCGUGUUUUCCGACUCUGUAUGAGGAUCAGGUGUUAUAUGUAAGAUAACAUGUGUAUUUUUUGGACUUAAAACAUGAAUAUCUUUACAUGUUGAGGGGGAUGUAAAUUACAAGGACAUAAAUUGCUAAAGUGACAUACUGCAUUGUAUUGUUCGGAAAGUGUGG